GUGUGUGUGUGUGUGUGUGUGUGUGUGUGUGUGUGUGUGUGUGUGUGUGUGUGUGUGGUUUUUUCCUUCGAAUGAGAAUCUCACCUUUCUGACUGAACCGAGGUUGUUUGUGUCGUGUAAUGAAUCCGUUUUGGCAAUUUCUCUUGCACAAAAAUGUGCGUCAGCAACAGAAGAAGCAGGCUGAAUUUAAAUAAAUAAAUUAAAGAUAAUUUAAACCUGAAGCUUUGUGCCCCCUGCUGUAGCCGUAUGUACUAGAGGUACUACCAAAUAGCAUGCACCUUUUGAUCCAUGCGUCAAGGAAGCUGUCAUUUUAGUUGGCGUCCUCACUGGUCAGACUGCUGUGUGAAACAUAAUCGUCUGGCUGUCUUCACACUAUAAUUCACCACAGAGGGAUUUCUACAGAAUGGGCAAAGACAGAAUUGACUGCUCACUAUGUGGGAAGAGUUUGUCCGAACCUUAUAGUCUCAAACGACACAUGUACAUUCACACAGGAGAGAAACCGUAUUGCUGUUCACAGUGUGGAAAGAGUUUUAGACAACUAAAUCAAUUAAAAAUGCAUCAGCUUCUUCAUGCAGGAGUAAAGCCGUAUCAGUGCUCAGAGUGUGGAAAAAGUUUUGCUUCCUGUCAGUAUCUCAAAAGUCAUAAGCUCAUUCACACAAAAGAAAAGCCUCAUUGCUGCUCACACUGUGGGAAGUGUUUUAGAGAGAAAGUUCUUUUAAAAGCUCACAAGCGCAUUCACACAGGACCGAAGGCAUAUCAUUGCUCAUACUGUGGGAAGAGUUUAACAAGUUUGACUAUUUUAAAAAAUCACCAACGCAUUCACACAGGAGAGAAGCCAUAUCACUGCUCAGACUGUGGGAAGAGCUUUACAAACCGUUCUACUUUCAGAUAUCACCAAUACAUUCACAAAGCAGAGAAGCCUUUUCCCUGCUCAGACUGUGGGAAGAGUUUUACAUUAUCAAGUUCUUUAAAAAUUCACCAACGCAUUCACACAGGAGAGAGACCGUAUCACUGCUCAGACUGCGGGAAGAGUUUUACAAAUGCAAAAUGUUUGAAACGUCACCAAGUCCUUCACACAGGACAAAAAGCGUAUCACUGCUCAGACUGUGGGAAGAGUUUUAUACAUGCAAGUUAUUUGAAAAAGCACCAACGCGUUCACACAAGUGAGAAACCGUAUCACUGCUCAGACUGUGGGAAGAGUUUUUUACAUGCAAGUUAUUUUAAAAUUCACCGACGCAUUCACACAGGAGAGAAUCUGUAUUACUGCUCUGACUGUGGGAAGAGUUUUAUAACUGCAACUUGUUUGAAGAAUCACCGACUCAUUCACACAAGAAAGAAUCUGUAUCACUGCUCUGACUGUGGGAAGAGUUUCACAACUGAAAAAUGUUUUAAAAAUCACCAACGCAUUCACACAGGAGAGAAUCUGCAUCACUGUUCGGUUUGUGGGAAGAGUUUUAUACAUGCGACUUAUUUGAAAAGUCACCAACGCAUUCACAGAGGAGAGAAACCGUAUCACUGCUCACAAUGUGGGAAGAGUUUCACAGAAUUGAGUUCUGUAAAAGUUCACCAGCGCAUUCACACAGGAAUGAAGCCGUUUCACUGCACAUACUGUGGAAAGAGCUUUAUAAUAUCAAGUCACUUAAAAGUUCAUGAACGCAAGCACACAGGAGAGAAACCGUAUCAGUGCUCAAACUGUGGGAAGAAAUUUAAAACAUCAAGUUCUUUAAAAGUUCACCAACGCAUUCACACACGAGAUGCCAUAUUACUGCCAGUGAGACUCUCUGAAGGUAAUGACACUACUGGCAGAAUACAGACACAAUGUGAUAAAAAAUAAAUUACAAUUUUGUAAGCAAAAGUUUUCGUACCUAAGGAGAAUAUUGCAUGGUACCAGUCAUGUCCUGUGCUCUCACUGUCAAAUGUGUUGUCAAUUUUACAGCUCCUAAAACUCAAUGAGUCAGACAUUGUCUUUAUUGGGAAUGGUGGACUAUAGUAGGCAGUGGCAGUGUAAGUAGCACCUUAGUGUGCAUCGAUUUAUUAGCAGAUCAGAAGGUGGCAUCUUUGGUGUGGACAGAAGAAGCAGCUUUUGAAAUGUUAAAGAAGGAAUUUGUACUGCUUUAACUAGCUGUGAUUGCAGUAAGGCUUUCCAAUUAAAUGUGUCAGAAAACCAGGGGUUUAAGUUAACAGGGGCCAGACAGUUAAAUAGGACAAUGGGAAGAUCAACAUUAUUGAUUCUUCAUACCUAUUGUUUUGUUGAUUAUUGUUGUUAUACAUUCUAUCUUCAAUCUAUACCAACAGAUAAAACAAUACCUGUAUAUCUGAGUGUUUACUGAAUAAAAUGGUUUAUGUCUUUGAAA